UUUUGGGAGAGGUUCAGCGGCUACGUGAGUUUCACACUGACACUAUUACAACAACUUUAUUCGCUAAGUUUGAGGUUCUAAGAAUCUCGCGUAGGUUCUACAACAAUGCCUGCUUCCGGCUUCUUGCAGUCACCAUCCGCGUCUUGAUGUGACGUGAUAGUAUCUAACGCUUUCUCUGCCUUGAAAUUUAUCGAGGCCACAGCUGCGUCCGUAAAGUUGACGUGGUAGUUUCAAGUAAAGAUUGAGGCCAUCAUUUCAAGACCAGAGCUAGACUGUGGUGGGUGACCAUAAUCUUAGAACUUGGACACUUUUUUCCGUUUCUAUGAAAUGAAACUGAUUGUCCCUCGCUACUGCUUUCUUUGGUGAUGAGGAAAAGAAAAUGGCGGCGGAAAAGUCUACUGGCGAGAGCGAAGUGGGACCCUUCAGUCUCACAGUUGAAGAGAAGAAGACACUCUGUGGAUUGGAUAGCAGCUUCUUCGGGUUCUUAAACCGACGCGAAGAUGGCGCCAGAACGAAGACGCUAUUGAACAAGGCUAUUCACUGCUAUGAAUCUUUAAUAGUAAAAGCUGAAGGAAAAGUGGAAUCUGAUUUCUUUUGUCAGUUAGGUCACUUCAAUCUCUUACUGGAAGAUUAUUCAAAAGCGUUGUCUUCCUACCAGAAAUAUUACAGUUUACAGACUGACUACUGGAAGAAUGCUGCUUUUUUAUAUGGUCUUGGUUUGGUCUACUUCUAUUACAAUGCAUUUCAGUGGGCAAUUCGAGCAUUUCAAGAUGUUCUUUAUGUUGACCCUAGUUUUUGCAGAGCCAAGGAAAUUCAUUUACGACUUGGUUUCAUGUUCAAAGUGAAUACAGACUAUGAAUCUAGUUUAAAGCAUUUUCAGCUAGCUCUGAUUGACUGUAAUAUCUGUACUUUAUCCAGUGUUGAAAUUCAGUUUCACAUUGCUCACUUAUAUGAAACCCAGAAGAAAUACCAUUCUGCAAAAGAAGCCUAUGGACAGCUUUUACAAAUUGAAAGCCUUCCAUCACAAUUAAAAGCAACUAUAUUGCAACAGUUAGGUUGGAUGCACCAUAAUAUGAAUCUAAUAGGAGACAAGGCCACGGAAGAAAGAUAUGCUAUUCAGUAUCUUCAAAAGUCAUUGGAGGAAGAUCCUAAUUCUGGCCAAUCUUGGUAUUUCCUUGGAAGGUGUUACUCAAGUAUUGGAAAAGUUCAGGAUGCCUUUGUAUCUUAUAGGCAUUCCAUUGAUAAAUCAGAAGCAAGUGCAGACACAUGGUGUUCAAUAGGUGUUCUCUAUCAACAGCAAAAUCAGCCUAUGGAUGCCUUGCAGGCCUAUAUAUGUGCUGUACAGUUGGAUCAUGGACAUGCAGCAGCCUGGGUGGACUUAGGUAUUCUUUAUGAAUCCUGCAACCAGCCUCAGGAUGCCAUUAAAUGCUACUUAAAUGCAACUAGAAGCAAAAGCUGUAAUAAUAUCUCUGCACUUACAUCAAGAAUUAAGUUUUUACAGGCUCAGUUGUGUAACCUUCCACAAAGUAGUCCUCAGAAUAAAACUAAAUUACUUCCUAGUAUUGAGGAGGCAUGGAGCCUACCAAUCCCCGCAGAGCUUACCUCCAGGCAGGGUGCCAUGAACACAGCACAGCAGAAUGUUUCUCAUAGCUGGAAUAGUGACCAGACUGCUUCACAUCAUCCAGUACAGCAGCAAGCUUAUACACAGUGCUUCACAGCACAGAAAUUACAGGGUCUUAAUAAAGAUCAGAGUUUACAUUUGGGAGCACUGAAUGAUGAACAACCUCCAUUUCCUACUGGGUCUACACAGUAUCUCCAAGAAGCUAGCACUGAUACUCAGAAUCAAAAUGGAAAGCAUAUUCUGCUUCAAAAUUCAAAGGGAGAUACUCAAAACCACUUCUCCUUCCAUAUUCCUACCUCAGAAGAACAAAAGGAUACCAAAGAAAACAAAGAUUCAAGAAAUACAUCCUUGAGUUCUAAAACAAGUAGGCAAGAUAGAGGCACAUCUAAUAUCUGUGUUAAUUUAAAGGGACAUUCUAAUAAUAUUCAUCAGAUCACAUCAGUUGCUCUUUCCUGUCCUAAUAAUAAAGAUUCUCUGUCACCAAAUUUAAUAAUUGUAGACGAUCCACAGCCUUCUGACUUGGUUGGAGAAACUGUUAGCAAUUUGGAUACUAGAAAUUGUGACAGAAUUAAUAAUGCUCAUCCAGCUGUUCACAAAAAGCCUGAUAAUCUUAUUGUUUCUUCACUCUCUUCAGCUAGUUCCACAGAAACGAUUUCUCUAAAGCUUGCUGAACAGAUGCACACACACAUUGUUACCAGCUCUAUCAGUCCUCACAGUGGAUUAUAUACAAUUAGUGGAGAAGGGCAAGAGAACUCAGAGAGUUCUAUUAAUGCUAAUUUUGGCAUCAGACCUAGACCUUCAGUGUCUGUAUCCAUAUACUCCAGCUCAGCCGAAGUUCUGAAAGCAUGCAGGAAUCUAGGUAAAAAUGGUUUGUCUAAUAGUCAUAUUUUGUUGGAUAUAUGCCCACCUCCAAGACCACCAACUUCACCAUACCCUCCCUUACCAAAGGAGAAGUUGAAUCCACCUACUCCUAGCAUUUAUUUGGAAAAUAAGCGUGAAGCCUUUUUACCUCCAUUACAUCAAUUUUGCAUCAAUCCAAAAAACCCUGUUACAGUAAUCCGUGGCCUUGCUGGGGCUCUUAAGUUAGAUCUUGGACUUUUCUCUACCAAAACUUUGGUAGAAACUAACAAUGAGCAUAUGGUAGAAGUGAGGACACAAUUGUUGCAGCCCGCAGAUGAAAACUGGGAUCCCUCUGGAACAAAGAAAAUCUGGCGGUAUGAAAAUAAAAGCUCUCAUACUACAAUUGCUAAAUAUGCACAGUACCAGGCUUCCUCCUUCCAGGAAUCAUUAAAAGAAGAAAAUGAGAGAAGAACACAAGUUAAAGACUAUUCAGAUGGUGCUUCAACAUCUUCAGAUAACUCUGGAAGGAGACAGAAAGGACCCUUUAAAACCAUAAAAUGUGGGAUCAACAUUGAUCUGUCUGAUAGCAAAAAGUGGAAGUUGCAGUUACAUGAGCUGACUAAGCUUCCUGCUUUUGUACGUGUUGUAUCAGCAGGAAAUAUUCUCAGUCAUGUUGGCUAUAAGAUCCUGGGGGUGAAUACAGUUCAACUGUGUAUGAAAGUUCCAGGGAGUAGAAUACCAGGUCACCAAGAAAAUAACAACUUCUGUUCUGUUAACAUAAAUAUUGGUCCAGGUGAUUGUGAAUGGUUUGUUGUGCCUGAAGAUUAUUGGGGUGUUCUGAAUGACUUCUGUGAAAAACAUAAUUUGAAUUUCCUGAUGAGUUCUUGGUGGCCAAAUCUUGAAGAUCUUUAUGAAGCAAAUGUUCCUGUUUAUAGGUUUAUUCAACGACCUGGAGAUUUAGUCUGGAUAAAUGCAGGCACUGUUCAUUGGGUUCAGGCUAUUGGGUGGUGUAACAACAUUGCCUGGAAUGUUGGUCCACUCACAGCCUUCCAGUAUAAAUUGGCAGUUGAACGUUAUGAAUGGAACAAAUUGCAAAGUGUCAAGUCAGUAGUACCCAUGAUUCACCUUUCAUGGAAUAUGGCACGGAAUAUCAAAGUUUCAGAUCCGAAGCUCUUUGAAAGGAUUAAGCAAAGAGGAUGGAUAUUAGAAGAACAAGAAAACAAGAAACAACCUAGGAACCUGCUACAGAGGGACUCUGAAAGCCAGAAGAAGAAAACAGGAAACAAACUAAGAACCUACCACAGAGGGCCUCUGAAAGCCUCUGCCCUGCAGACUAUCAAAGCAGAUGCUGAGCCUGAUGGCCAACUGUCGGGUAGAGUGAAUAGAAUUUUAUGUAAGAAGUGGGAAAUAGUAAGAGCUGGAGAGGACAGCGUCUCCACAAGGAGAGCAACAGAACAAGAAAAUUUGAACACACGUAACUUCCCAGAGACUCAUACUACAACCAAGGACUAUUCAAGAAGAUAUCCUAGAACCCCUGCACAGAUAUAGCACAUGGCAGUUGAGUGUCUAAGUGGGUUACCUAGUAAUGGGAAGAGGGACUGCCUCUGACAUAAUCUGAUUGGUCUGCUCUUUGAUCACCUCCCCUUGAGGGGCGAGCAGCCUUACCAGGCCACAGUAGAGGACAAUGCAGCCAUUGUCCUCUCUUUUGAUGAGAACUGAUAGACUAAGAUCAGAAAGGAGAGGAGAAUCUCCCCUAUCAGUGGACUUGGGGAGGGGCAUGCAUGCAGAAAGGGGAGGAAUGGUGGGUUCGGGAGGGAAGCGUGAGGGGCUUAUGGGGGAUACAAAGUGAAUAACGUGUGAUUAACAAAAUAAAAAAAAUUUAAAAAAAAGCAGAGAACAGAACAUCACUGAAUCCUUCUAGGCCUAAAAAAAAAAAAUGCCUUUUUAGUCCUUUUUGUAUUGCUUUCUCGCCUUGUUGCUCUUCAUAAAUACAGUUGUCCUUUCUCCAUGUCUCAAAAAGAAAAGCUAAGCAAAGAAAAAAAAAAAACAACAACAGGCUAAUAACAAAACAAAAAUCAAGUUCAAUGAAGACAAAGGAAAACAACACAACAAAAACUGUACUAAAAGGAAAAUGCAAAACAUAGCCCAGUGGAGUUUGUCUUGUGUUGUCCAACUUCUGAGCAGGGAGUGCCAGGCCCCUAUCCUAUAUUGUAGUUGAUAUACGCAGUGAUGUUCCAUUGGUAAAAAUUCUAGUUUUACCAUUCUUGGUAGAUAUCAGUAGGAAAUAUCUUCUUGAUUACAGUGUGUACAUUAUAGCCACUUCUCAUUCUCUUCUGGAAAUUUGUCUUGUUUGAACAUGUGCAACUCUUGUUUGUACUGUUGCAGUUCGCUGAAUUAAUGUGUGCAUAAAGGCCUGUUAUGUCUGUAGGGCACUAUUUUCUCGGUAUUGUGUACUAUGUGUUUUUUACAUUCUGUUUGCCUCAUGUAUUGCAAAAUCCUUGAUUCUUGAUGGUUUGAUAAAGCUACCUCACCUUAGAACAGUCCUGCGUAGUCUCACUGAGUGCUAAUCAUGAGUACUUUGGUUGAAACUUAAAAUUUUGUGCUUACUAGACAUUUGUUUGCUGUUGAUUUUAAGAUUAUAAUGCAUAAUAUUUAGAUAAGGUAGGAUAUACAGAUUAUUUUGCUCUUUCUGAAUUUGCUUUCUUUUGUGUCCCAAGAUAUGUUCUGUUUUAGAGUAACUUCAGUGGGCUAUUGAGUA